ACCUCCCUAGCUUGCCAGGUAACCGCUGCGGGGCUGCUGUGAUCAGGACCGGGUUGAGAAGAAGGUUGUUGGGCUGAGGGGCUUCAAGGCUUUCCCUGGAAAUGGGGAGAGGUGGGAGAGCGUUCUUUGCUGAGGGGAUGCUGCCGUAACUGGGUUAAGGCGAGGAGUUCACUUCUCUGAGAAUUGGUAGAUUUAUGGAUGGGAAGUGGGGGAGAUAAGGAUGGACAGGGAGGCAGGGGCCAGACCUGCUGUGUCUCCAUUCGGGGAAGUGGUGAACCCUCGAAGGGUUUGGAGCAGCAAGAGACAUGCCAAAUUUUUUUGGACAGAGAUCCCUAUGGCCUCUAAUCUUUGCCCGUGCAGUUCAGAUAGAAACCCCAAGAUGGAAUGGGCCUGUGCCCUUUUCAGGGGAAACCCAUGGCCACCUGAACUUUAAUUAGCUGGCUUUUCUCUCUUAUGCCUUCUCCCUGAGAUACAAGUAAAUCAACUCCCACAGCUGAAGUCACAUCUUGACCCUGAUGAAAUGGACACCUCCAUCUCCAAGCUAGUCCUGAGUGUCCAAUUCCUUCUGGGUGUCUCCAGAUAGAGUUGUCUUUCUGGGCUCCCCCAUUUCUCACUUCCCACAUUCCUCAUAUCGCUCUGGAUCAGUCUAUCUAUUGAGCACCUGCUACAAGUCUGGUGGUUUGGGGCACUGAAGAUCCAAAAGUGAGCAAAACAGGGACUUCCCUAGUGGUAUAGGGUUUAAGACUCUGCGCUUCCACUGCAGGGGGCUUGGAUUCUAUCCCUGGUCGGGGAGCUAAGAUCCCACAUGCUGCAUGAAGCAUGGCCAAAACAUUAAAAAAAAAAAAAAAAGUGAGCAAAACAGAAGGUUUCUUUUUCCUUUCCGCCCUCAUGGAAGUGAGUCUAAGGGGAGAGAAGGAGCCUGGGCAGGUAAUAAAUCAUCAUUUCAGGGGAUGACAAGUACUGAGAAGGAGAUGAAUGUUCCACAGGUAAGGAACAGAGGAGGAUCAGGAAGAGAGGUGCUGUAGAGAAGGAGGCCAGGCAAGCGCCCUCUGAGGUGGUUGCCGCGAGACUUGAAAGAGAGAGCAAUUGGGUUGUACUUGGGAAGAGCAUCCUCGCAGAGGGAACAGCCGGUGCAGAGGCCCUGAGGCAGGAUGAUGACUGGCUGGUUCCUAUGAUCAGUGACGAGGCUAAUGUGGCCAAGCAGAGUGAACGAGAGGGGCUGAUCCAAGCAGGGUCUUUUUGAUCACCCGCCUUUUGUCCUAAGUGAAACAGGCAGGGUUUUCAGCAGGUAAGAUUGCUGCAGUGGCUCAGGUGAGCUGGAUGAUGACCUGGACCAGGUGGUAGCUAUGGAGACAUUAAAAAGGGGCCAGGGCCAGGGCUGGGGACAUCAUCACUUGCUGUUCGAACAAAGACGCCGUUGGGAAAAUGGGUGUGACUGGGGUUUAACUCUGGGCCAGGCCUGUGUGGGCCGCCCUCUUUCCCACUGCAGACCCAGAGAGGGCCAUGAAGGUGCUGCUCCUCACGGGGCUGGGAGCCCUGUUCUUUGCCUAUUACUGGGAUGACAACUUUGACCCAGCCAGCCUCCAGGGAGCCCGUGUGCUACUGACCGGAGUCAGUGCCGGCGUAGGGGAAGAGCUGGCGUAUCACUACGCGCGCCUAGGCUCCCACCUAGUGCUCACUGCCCACACCGAAGCUUUCCUGCAGCAGGAGGGCUGGACUACCUGGUGCUGAACCACCUCGGCGCCGCCCCAGCAGGCAUGCGGGUCCGCAGCUCCCAGUCGACACGCUGGCUCAUGCAGGUGAACUUCCUAAGUUACGUGCAGUUGACAUCUUCGGCGCUGCCGAGCCUGACUGACAGCAAGGGCUCCCUGGUGGUGGUGUCCUCAUUGCUCGGCCGGGUGCCCACUUCCUUCUCCAGCCCCUACUCGGCAGCCAAGUUCGCACUGGACAGCUUCUUCAGUUCUCUCCGGCGGGAGCUGGACGUGCAGGAAGUGAAUGUGGCCAUUACCAUGUGCGUUCUGGGUCUCCGAGACCGUGCCUCAGCCGCCGAGGGAGUCAGGGGCAUCACGAGGGUAAAGGAGGCUCCAGGGCCCAAGGCAGCCCUGGCUGUGAUCCGCGGAGGCGCCACACGUGCCUCCGGCGUCUUCUACCCGUGGCGCUUCCACCUGCUCUGCCUGCUCCGCAGCUGGAUGCCACACUCGAGGGCCUGGUUCGUCCGCCAGGAGCUCAACAUAACGACUCCCCCUGCUGCCUGAGCCGCUGGGCUUGAGGCCCCUUCAUCUUCCCAGAAGACGAUCCUCCAGCCAACCGUCCUGGAGCCGGGACACACACUGAAGACACUUCUGAGCAGGUAGUCAAGGACCAAGAGAAAGUCAUAAAGACACAAAAGUAAACCCGAGGAAAACUACCAACACUUGAAAACAAGCAGAAGUCGGAGUGUACCAGGCAUCUUGUCAGGAAGUAAAUUACCUCAGUCUUCUUAGCUGUUACUGAUGAUAUGAGAGCUGCUUCCAUUUUGCAGAUGAACAAACUGAGGCUCAGAGAGGCGAUGUGACUUGCCCCAGAGCCCCGGCCACAUCCAACAGGUCAUACCACCACUGAGCCACCCUUGGAGCCCUCUCUAUCUGUGACCUAAACCCACUGCCUCCCGCUUUGUUCCUUCCAUUCAGCCAGCCUCGGAGCAUCCUCCAACCCUUUCCCCAAGCAAGGGAGCCCUCAAAGCUCUUGAGUUGCUCUUGGGGUCUGAGGAGAGGGAGGAGGAAAAGAACAUGUUCUAGGCUAGGUCCAACCUCCCAUUUGAUAAUAAAAACCCUUCUUCCCUUGCA